ACUUUGCUCUGUACUUGUGUCAAAAAAUUGUACAAAAGAGCUGAGAAUUGGUCGCACAUUAUCACUUUCCUUUUAACAAUAUUGCACACGAGGCCACUUCAAAAUGAAGACGAGAAACCGAGCAACCAAAAUGUGGUUAACGUUGAUGUCAGUCAUGCUACUGCUACAGCAAGGUGUUUUCAGCAAACCUACAACGCCGGCCAGCAAAUCAAAGAAUUCCAACAACUCGAGGAAACGGCACAAACCUCGAGCAGGAGGCAAGAUCAACUAAAUAUGAGCGAACAAGAGCAUUUUGAUAAUUCCACGGACGCACGCUUAGAAAACUUCAACAACGGCCAGCCAAUAAGCAACAUGAGGCAGUGGAGCGAAUUCAUUCAAGAAGGUUUUGGCACGGCCAAGAUGAAGAUGAUAAACCAGAUGAGGGAGAGGUUUCCGAAUUUAACGAAUUUUGGGAUAAGAAUGGACUCAGCCGAGUUGAGGCCUAUUGGAUGGUCUAAAUGUAAAAACACCCGCGGCGAAGAGUUUUACAGCGCUGUGGAGUGGGAAGCCAAUUUCAUUUUCAUUGCCAACAACCACGAGAUGCAGUACAGCUUGAGCGUGAACAACCCAAAGGACUUGAGUGUUCAGAACAAUGGACCAACAGAGAUCCACGUUGGCUAUACCCUUCGGGUGCCAGGGGAGAUCAACAUCACUGGACAUGUUUUUAUAAAUAAUGAUGCAGACAAGUGGACGUACCCCAGUCGCUCUCUGGUUAAGGAAUUUGGAGUGCCAGAUAUUAAAAAUGCACGCAGAAGUAGAGUUUUUAAUGUUCUUGAUCGUUCCGAAACUUUAAAAUACAAUAGAUUGAAACUCGCACCUCUAAAAAGUGAAUAGUUUGUUUUCUUUACAAAUUGUAUAUUCAAAGCAACCAAUGCAAUAAAAAUUAACUUGGAAGUUGUUACAUUUAAUUAAUAA